AUGAAGGAUUUUAAGUCUCAAAGUAUUGAUACACCGGGUGUGAUUGACAGGGUUUCCACGUUAUUUCAAGGACACCCAAAUUUGAUUCAAGGAUUUAACACCUUUUUACCUCCAGGAUACAAGAUCGAAUGUUCUUUAGAUCCUUCUGAUCCUAAUCCAAUUAGAGUGACAACUCCAACUGGUACCACAACAAGACCUAAUCUUAGCGGAAACACCUACAGUCAAAGAUGGGGUACUGAGGAAGGUGCAAGUCAAGUUCAACAACAACAACAGCAGCAGCAGCAACAACAGCAACAGCAACAACAACCACAACAACCAGCACCACAGCAAGUUGCUGCACAAAUGCAAUAUCAACAAGAGCAACAGGUUCAACCAGGUGGAAGUAAUGUUGAAUUCAAUCAUGCCAUUUCAUAUGUCAAUAAGAUCAAGACUAGAUUUGCUAACCAACCAGAUACUUACAAGCAAUUCUUGGAAAUUCUUCAAACUUAUCAAAGAGAACAAAAACCAAUCAGUGAAGUUUAUGAACAAGUGACGGUAUUGUUUGCCAAUUCCCCUGAUUUGUUGGAUGAUUUCAAGCAAUUUUUACCAGACACUAGUAACCAAGGUUUCCAACAGCAACAACAGCCGGUUCAUAUGCAAGAGGGGUCUUAUUAUGUUAACAAUGGAUCACAAUUGCCACCAGUAGGUAACUUUCAACCUCCAACGGGAACAACCGGUUUAAGUCCAAGUGCCACGCAACAACACUAUGGUCAACAAAUUAGUUAUCCUUCAACUGGAAGCCCUGAACCUCAAUAUGGUAUGGAUCAAAAAGCUACCAAAAAGAAGAAGUCAAUUUCUGAGCCUUACUAUGACGACAAUUACAACCAAGAAGCUCGUUUGUCCAGUAUUAGAUCUGGUGUAGUUGCCACAAAGACGGGCAAACCACCUGGAAUGGUUAAAGUUGUUAACACUUCUGUUGCUGCUGCAGUCAAUCCAACCUUGGUACCAGGAAUUCCAGAACCAGUUCCUCCAUAUGCUUCAGUUAAGACUUCUUCUCUCCUGGAAGAAAUCAGUUUCUUUGAUAAGGUCAAGAAAGCUAUUGGUAAUAAGCAAUCUUAUAGUGACUUUUUGAAGAUUUUAAACUUGUUCACACAAGAUAUCAUCGAUAAAGAUACAUUGGUUGAAAGAGUUCAAGGAUUUAUUGGUGAAACUCAUCCUGAUUUAUUCAAUUGGUUUAAGAUGUUUGUUGGAUACCAAGAUGUUCCUCAGAAUAUAGAAAACAUCACUUUCAAGAAGCAUCAAUUGGAACUUUCAUUGUGCAAAGCCUAUGGACCUUCAUACAGACAAUUGCCUAAGGCUGAAACAUACAUGCCAUGUUCUGGAAGAGAUGAAAUGUGUUGGGAAGUUUUGAAUGAUGAAUGGGUUGGACAUCCAACUUGGGCAUCGGAAGAUUCUGGUUUUAUUGCUCAUCGUAAGAAUCAAUAUGAAGAAAUUUUAUUCAAGAUUGAAGAAGAAAGAUUAGAAUUUGAUUAUUACAUGGAAUCUAAUUUGCGUACUAUCCAAAUUUUAGAAACAAUUGCUAACAGAAUUGCUAAUAUGACACCAGAACAAAAGGUUGCUUUCAAAUUACCUCCUGGAUUAGGUCAUAAUUCACAAACUAUCUACAAGAAAGUUAUUAGAAAGAUAUAUGGAAAGGAUCGUGGUUUCGAAGUCAUUGAUGCUUUGCAUGAAAACCCUGCCAUUGCUGUGCCUAUUGUCUUGAAGAGAUUAAAGCAAAAGGAUGAAGAAUGGAAACGCGCUCAACGUGAAUGGAAUAAAGUUUGGAGAGACAUGGAACAAAAGGUGUUUUAUAAAUCGUUAGAUCAUCUUGGGUUAACAUUCAAGCAAGCAGAUAAGAAGCUUUUAACUGCCAAGCAACUUGUCAGUGAAAUCAGUACUGUCAAGGUCGAACAACAGAAUAAGAGGUUGCACCCAUUGACUCCUAAGCCACAAGAGCAAUUGAAUUAUACUUUCGAAGACACUGAAAUUUUGUUUGACAUUGUCAAGUUGGCUGAUGUUUUCAUUAACAGAUCGUCCAACUAUUCUGCUGGUGAUGGUGAGAAAUUGUCUCAAUUUUUACAAUUUUUCGUGUCACUCUUCUUUGGAAUACCGAGUGAAACCAUCCAGAACGCCUUGGCUGCAAGAGGUAAGGCUGAAAAGAAUGAGUUUGUUCACGAAGAGGCUGAAAAUUCUGAUUCCUCUACUUAUUCAUCUGAUGCUGGAGCUAAGAAAAGAGCUCGCGAAAGUGAUUUAUUACGUGAUGUGUUGAAGAAGCAAUCCAAAUCAAAGAAGGAUGAUCGUGGAGAUUCACCAACUCCACAAUCCGCAGAUGCUACUAUUACUCAAGAAGUUGCCGAAGAACUUGAAAAAUCUACUGAAUUGUGGAUAAAAUCAGCCAACACCAAAUUCUCAUUGAAGGAUGAUGAAUCAGAAAACAAGCGUGAAAAGUAUAACUUGUUCUGUAACACCACUAUUUAUGUCUAUUUCCGUCAUUUAACUACCUUGUAUGAGAGAUUACACGAAAUUAAGGCAAUGAAUGAAACUGUCAGCAAGGAAAUCAAGAGUCGUAAACAUCCUCAAUUUGCUAAGGAUUUGAAUUUGCUUUCUCAUCAACUCGAAGAUGUCGGUGUUGAAAUUAAUGGCUCAAAGGAUUGUUAUGUUCAAGUUUUGGAAUUAUCAGAAAAAUUAAUCGAAGGUGAAAUUGAACAUCAGUGGUUUGAAGAAAGUUUGCGUCAAGCAUAUAGAAAUAAGGCUUACAAGGUUUACACUGUUGAUAAAGUUGUUCAAGCUUUGGUGAAACACAUGCAUUCUAUGAUCACUGAUGCAAAGACUUCAGAAAUGAUGGUCUUAUUUGAAAAUGACAGAUUGAAGCCUGUUUCUAGCGCCAAAGAACAAAUCUUGUACCGGAUCCAAGUAAGAGCUUUGAUGUCUCCUGACGAAAAUAUGUUCAAGAUUUCCUUCAAUGAAACUCAAAAUUCAGUCAAUAUUCAAUUUGUUAGCUUGGAUGACUUAACAAUCAAUGACCACGAGAAUUCUCAAGAACAGUAUAACUAUUAUGUUACAAGUUAUGUGUUAUCACACCCAACCGAAGGAGUCCCAGCCUCAAAGUUGAAUAUGCCAUUCUCCCGAAGCUUUAUUGAAUCUUUAGACGAAGAUAGCGUCGAUGGACGUGCUACUACUGGGUUAAAGGUUUCUGUUUGUGAAAAUUCAUACCGAUUAUUCUUUGAAGAAAAUUCACAUGAUGAAUUUAUUGCUAAUUCCGUAUAUAAGGAACGAGCCGAAGAAUCUGGUAAGCCUGAAGAAAAAAUUGAAAAGCUUAAGAAAUUAUUGAAUGGCGAAUCUGGAUGGAAGUCUGUUUGUGCGGAUGAAGAUGCUUCUAAAUUAGAGGAAAAGAUCAAAAUUUUGUAUGAAAAAGGUGCUGCUGAAUUUAACGAGCAUGAAAGGGCUAAAGAUGUUGAGAUAAAGGAAGCCGCUGCUGAAGCUCAAAAGCAACUAGAAGAGAAAGAGGCCUCAGCACAACAAGAAGAGCUGAUUGAUGCAACAUCCGAGAGUAAACCUGAAACUACAGAUGAACAACAGGUAAAGACCGAAGAGGAACACGUGCAAGAAGAAGGCGCUGAGAACUUGGAUGAAACCCAAAUGGUAGAUGCAGACACUACCGUGGCUCAGCCGAACGAUACAACAAUACAAGCUGACGCCAAUGAUACUACAACUGAUGAGACUAUAAACCCAGAAGAAACCACGAUUGUUGGUCAAGAUGAGUAAUUUGUACUGAGCUCAGUUUCUAUAUAAUUUUCUUAUUUUUUAUUUCUUGCUUUUGCUUUUAUUCUAUUGUUUACGAUUUGUAUAUUAAAUAAAAUUGUUUAAUUAACUAAUUGAAUCGUCUUUCGACAGCUGCUCUUGCUAUCCUUUCGGUCGCCAUACUAUAAGCCAAUUUCGAUCUUUGGUUAAGUCUUUGCGAUACAAAAUUCUUUCUUCCUCUAGCAAUCAACAACCUUAAAAUCAUAUCCUCUUUCAAAGUCUGAUUGGUGAUAGGAUCUGCUCUUGCUUCUUUUACUUCAACUGCUGCCUGGGCUCUUGAUCUAGCGGUGGCAUUUGCCAGGAUUGUUUUAUUUCUCAAUAAUGACCCACUUCUGAUCCUAGAUUUUUGUCUGUUAGUGUGUGUUGGAGCACUAUCAAAGUUAUUUCUAUUAUUUAACAUUUGGACAUAUGCAGGAGAUAAGCGUUCAACUUCGUCGAUUAAAUAGUCAUCACCUUGAUCAUAAAGAGCAGGAAUCAAAAGCAAUGAUUGAUAUUGUUCUGUCUUCAAAUCCUCCAUUGGUGGGCCAUUUCCUUCAUUAUGGAAAAAACUAACAAGUAAGCUUAACCAGAAAAGUACCGUUUCCAAUUCAAUAUCACUUAAGGGACUAUCAAUACCAAGAAUUCCAAGCGAGACAUUGGCGAAUUUAGAUGACACUGCUUGCCAACUAUUACCUCCUGACUCUAAUGUAACUGAUGCUUUAGAAAGUUUUGGCAAUACAAGUUCAUCAGCACUGGUUACAACAACAUUCCAAGUAGCAACCAUUACCUUCAUGAAGAUCUCAUCUUUCAAAAAUUCCUUAAGAACACACAAAUUCAUAUUUAAAUAAUCACACAAAUGUUCGAUUGCAGCUUCGGAAUCCUCCUUUGAAGGUUGGCCCUUAGAACAGAUUGACUUCAAAUUGGCUCGUGAGAAACAUGCAUGAAUGAAACCAGAAAACUUUUCAACCAUGAUCUUGAUAGCUCGUUCUUGACAACGUUUCAAGGCCCGGUAUGCCCUACC